GUUUUUGAAGCGUUUAAAAAGGAUGGAUGACUGGGUAUAUACAAUAAAAUUUGUUAUUAUAGGUGACAGUGGCGUAGGAAAGAGUAAUCUUAUGAGACGUAUGAUGAAUAAUCAGUAUCUUGAACGUCAUGAUGCUACAAUUGGUAUUGAAUGGGGUGCUCGUAUAAUUGAUAUAGAUGGGGUAAAAAUGAAACUUCAAUUAUGGGAUACAGCAGGACAAGAAACAUUUCAUGCUAUGACUCGGAAUUACUAUAGAGGAUCUUCUGGAGCAUUAUUAGUAUAUGAUAUUACACGUAGAGAGACUUUUGAACACAUGGCAGUUUGGUUAGAAGAUUUGAAAAUGUAUGGAAGCUCAAAUAUAUCAAUUGCAUUAGUUGGAAAUAAGGCAGACUUGGAAAAUACAUUUCGUGAGGUAGGACUUGAAGAGGCAAGAAAAUGGGCGAAUGAAAAGGGGAUUUGUAUAUUUGCAGAAGUGAGUGCAAAAACAGGAGAUCAAGUAAAUGAGAGUUUUAUGAGAGUAGCUCGGGACAUAUAUGGGAAGAUAUUAAGCAAUCAACUUGAUGUAAAUGACCGACUGAAUGGUAUAAAAGUGAGACGAAAAAAUCUACUAGAUAUGGAUGUAAAACAAGGGAAACGGUGUUGUUGAAGAACAUGUAGAAUUUUUUUGUCAAUAUUUCCAUAUUUGGAAUUAAUGGUACUAAAAAUCGCUAAGUUCUACGUUCUCCCCGUACCAAGAGAGAUCAAUUCCUUCUUGUGUAAUUUUAGAUGCUUGAAAAUAACAUUGGAUUUUUUUUGUGUUAUCGACUUCACAAUUAUCAUACCAUUCAACAUGAACUUUUGAAUUGUUUUUCUUUUUUGCAUCUUUUUCAAGAAGAUCUUUAGCUGUUUGCCAUGAAUAUCUUACGAUUUCAUAAGGCCAUCCAAAAAUAGGAUCGAUUGAACAUUUAAGCCAUUCACAUGUCUUCGGGUCUAUAUUAAUUAAUAUAAUUUCUUUUUUAAAAACUAGUUAUUACCUGAUGGAUAUCCACUACCCCAAGUUUCUCCAUUAAUGGCAAACAUAGCAAGCGCUCUGUCUCUUGUAACUUUUGCACAAAUACUUGCUGUGCUCACAAUAGGAUAAAUUGAAUCUGCUUUUUCUUUAACUGUUACAUUAAUUUGUGGGAAUAAUUGCUGAAGUUUAGUUUGAUAAGAAGAUGAUGGGCCUACUGUAUCAACAUAGAUCUUAUGGAAUCAAUAUCAAUUAUUUAUUGGUUUUUAGUUACUUCUUUGAUAUUGAAGCCACGCUUGAUAACUUCAUGAAGAAGUUGAAUCGUUGCAUCAUGUGCUUGGGCAUUCAAAUCAUAUGACUUAUCUGGUCGUAACAUUCCUUGAGAAAUUUCUCGUGCUGAAACGAUACUUCUUUAAAUAGUUCUUCUCGUCUCUCUGGCGUUAAUGUUUUGGAAUCAAGUAUUCUAUUAGUUUUUUCAUAAUAAUUAAUAUUAUUU